AUGAGCAACGGCGGCACUCGCAAGUGGACUGUGAAGCAGCGCACAACCAUCUACCGGCUGCGCACUGCGUACGUGUUGACUCGAGAAGAGAUCUUCGACAUUCUCGGUCGCGUACAUGGAGAUGAGUUCCAGGCAGAUGGUCGCAUGUACAAUCCUCGGCAGAUACAGGACGAGUUCAACCAGCGCUGGGCGGGUGGCAGGUCCAAGCAAUGGGACUCGAUCGACUCCCGGACACCGUCAGCAGAGCAGCAGCAGCUUGUCGGCCAGGUCGACCAAGAGAUCGUCGCCGCUGCUGCGCUCGACAGUGGCAUGAACUACCUCACGAAGACGGUCAACCAGCCAAUCACUCUCGGUGCACCAGCACAAGCCUACGUGUCAAUAGGCCGCCCACAGACCGCUGCCAAUCCCUCUGCAGCGAGUCGCUCCAAGCGCAAGCGUCGCGCGGACACACCAGAAGCAGUCGACGAGCAAGAGGACAACGGCCCGGAGAAUGACAUGAACAUGCCUAUCGCAAAGGAGGACGAGGACGCCGACGCCAAUACAUCCACUGCUCCAGCACCACGUCCAGAAGAUCAAGAACCAGAAGUCCCAGCCAUUGCAGUGCAAGCACCUCCCGCACCUGCAGCUGCUGCGCGACCAGCGCCUACUCCAAUCGCUGCACCACUCGAGAUGAUCCAUGGCAAACUCAUCGAGGAGCGCUCUGGCGGCACAUACAAUGUCCAGCGCUCGCCACGCGCCUUCGUUGAUCAAACCUCACCUCUCUAUAAAUACGGCGGCAUUGUCCGCAGAGUCAGGAACGGCACUGCCAGCAUGAACACCAUGGAUGUCAUGGUGUGCGACGCUGAUGAGUGCGACUUCUGCGGCACCUACGAUCCCAAUGCUGGGAAGGAUCGCCACACUCUCGACAAGGAAGCUCAAGCCGCCGAGCACAACGACGAGAUUCCAGGCCCAGACGAGAGCCCGUGGCUAGGCUUACCAUGGGUUCAUGCCGUCCGCGAUCUCCGCAACAGCUCGCCAGGUGGGCCAGGCGUGAAGGGGCGUAUCUUCACGCCCACGGUAGCGCCGACGGGUCUUUGCGGUGGUCAUCGCUUGGAGGCUGUGGUCGUCUUCGACGACAGGUUCAACUUGGUGAGGGACGGUGGAGGAUGUAUUGGAAGGCGUCGCGCCUUGACAUGUGGCAAUGACUGCCAGCUUUGCAUCCCGAAGGAGUACCGCUUGCGAGAUGCUGCUCGGGAGAGUGAUCGUCAGGCAGGUGGACCAGUUCGUCGUCUUGUGAAGGAGGAUGAGUAG